AUUACUUCCCUAUUUAGGCUUUUCCCAUCAGCGCAGUAAGCUUAUCUCUGUGAUUUGAACAAUGAAAAAUUAAAUUACAAAAACGAAAAAAUCAAGAUGGAGGGAAAUCUUCGUCCACUCGCGAUAAACAACAAGCCAUUUGUCUUUGGAGGCAUUUACGUAAGAAUCUACAUUUUUUCCAAGUGUGUGCAGGAGUGUGAGUUUAAACUUCCCUGUGAAGAGAUGUGUUCCUAGUGUUCCUAGAUCACGAAAACAAAAACCAUUGUUGGACUCAUCCAUAUUUGAUUUGUGAAAUAACAAAGUUUUCGAUUUUAUUUCUAUAAUUUGCAGCGCACAAAGUGAAAGUGUGUGUAUUCAUUACAAUUGUGAACUCAUUUGCAAUAGCCACUAAAAGCGGGUUAAUCGAAAGUGCAGAGUCUGCACUGCAGAUCGUUGUCCGAAUUCCACCAGCAUCCACAAUGCACCCUCCAGCCCACCACCACCUCUUCCAUUGCAUUUUUAUCCCACCCAUUUGGUCAUUGCACUCAUUCCACUCCGCUCGUCCUUUCGAACAGCUAGAGAUCGCCAGCACUACGAUAGAUUCAUGCUUGACUUGCGGUUAUCGCUAACUUUUAUGGCUACUGAAAAUGGAUUCACCCAAAAUUGUAACUAAAAUUAUUAGUUUUGCGUCAGAUAGCAAUGCCCAUUCACUCCACCGAAAGUGCCCGAAACGAGCCGGCGACCAUGAGCUCAGCCGAUGACCGAAGGAUCCCCAUAACUAUACUAUUCCAAGUCCAAAAUGAAUUCGUGUUUGAUUUGUUUCUUACUAAAAUAGAAAGAAAAAAUUUAACUUAUUUUAGAAUUGUGUAACUUAUAGAGCACUAGUCAUUAAAAAUUGAUCUAUUUUUGCAUAUCGGAGAAAAUUGUAUUAGAAUUAGAAUUUGAUUUUCUCGAACCUCGCUGCAACAGAAUACAUUAGCGAAAAAUUAACUCACCAUGAGACUGCAUUUAUUUGUUAAUCGGACUCUGCUGUUUUUAACCCCUUAAAAUGAAUGAGGGAAUUGUUACCCUACCCUAGAUCCAAAUUCGCUGGGCAGGUGGCUCCGCUGGUGCAGAGCUUCGUUUCGGGGCACUUGGGUCGCAGGAAUGGCCAUGGCUAUUUCCGGAACUAUGGUUUUAAGUUGACCAGCCGACCACCCUGACGCUUCCGGAAUCCCAAUGGCACCGUCAAGACUUUGAUCCAAAUGCCGUUGCAGGCCGCCAAUGUCCAGGAGCAAAAGUCUCCUCCGGUGGCUUCAUAUCCGACACCGGCCACUCCGGUGGCUGUUCAGUCGCCACCGGACGCAUUAUUGGCUGUGAAGCCUCCAUCGGCUCCUGUACCUGUUCGAGUGUCGAACUCUUCCGUCCAGCACCAGAAUCCGGAUGCAGAUUCGAAGCUGCCCUUGCCAGUUAUAAUCAAGGAGGAGCCGAUCUCUGUCGACGAUAAACCGUCCGUCGAUAUUAUAGAGGAAAAUACCAGUUCCAGUACCAGUGCCAUCGGCAUCGGGGGCAAGAUCCCAUUUAUAAAUAUCUUCCAAAACCGCAAGAAGUCGUCUGAACGCACUCGGGACAAGAAGCUGCGACAGAACCGCCAGCUGCGCGAGUCCAUGCUCCCCAAGAACGCUCUGAUGGCCCUCAAGGAGGUUAAGGGCGUGACCAUCAGCGAUUUCACCAUCGUCAGCAAUACCUACGGGGGAUUCACGGCCGUUGUCACUGUGAACUCGACUCAGUACGUGGGCAAGGGUACCUCGGAAAUGACAGCCAAGAACGCGGCCUGCGAGGAGGCUUGGCGCGAUUUUAUAAUUGCAAAGAUGACCCCCAAGCCGCCCGGUAUUCACAAGGUGGAGACGGAUACCAACGAAGAUGAGGCCGAUGCUCCGGAUGAUGAUCUGCCCAUGUUGAAUCUGGCUUCGUUUGCCAUCUACAAGCUGUUCGCGGAGUGGGAGCGCAGGGGCUAUGUCGUACCCAAGAUGUACCCUUCGGCCAAUGCUGCCCAGCGUACGGAGCUACCCUUUGGCUGGGAGACCAUGCACCCGGCGAGCAUUCUUUGCAUUAUGCGCCCGGGACUCAACUACGUGGACUACGGAUUAUCUUGGCACAAGGUCACUUACAUGCAGCAUAUGGGAAUCACGGUGGACAACCAGAAGUUCCACGCCCACGGCAGAUCCAAGAAGAUCGCCCGUCGAAACGUGGCCGUGAAAGUGUGCAACUCUCUAUUCGGCACAAACUUCACCUACGACGACAGCGCUUAAGACACCAACUCCAGCCGCAGACUCCAACUGCCGACAGCAACACACCUCGCCAACACGCCUCUCUUAACGGCCAGCAAUCAGAAGAUUGCGACCCUGACGCCAAAUGCGCAGCUUUAAGAAUUCCUUCUCUGUGAAGGUGAAGAGGCAUAUUAAACAAGAAUUUACCAAUUUAGCUUGCAUUUGGAACAGCUCUUACUUAUGAAUUUUUAGGUGGGCCGCAGCCGUUUUCAACCACGAGUAAUCUUGAACUGCAAGAUUAUCCGAAUAAUUUUAACGCAAGGUUCCUUGGUAAUGCUGAUUAAUUUUUUCCGUGUAUUUUGUUAUACACUGUUGGCUUGUUUUUUUUUUUAUUAUGAAAUCGCUUCCACAGAAGAGCAUUUCGGUGGCAGAUUGGGUAUAAAAUAAAAAUUUUGCUUACCAGUGAA